CUAUGUCCACUCACCUUCUCAGAAAAAACCUCUCUCUUUCCUCUUCAUCUUUAUAUAUAUACACAUCUUCAAUCUCCUUCAUAAUCAUUCAUAUUCAUAACCCAAUAACCAAAAAUCUCUCUUUAUCUUCUAAACUUCUAAAGUUUCAAUUUUUCUAUGGCUUCACAAAACACUCAACAAGUUCAAUUUCAAGACUCAUUACCCUUGAUGGCAAAUAAGCUUGGUGGGGAUGGAUUAAUUGAUGAACUAUGCAAUGGUUUCAAUCUUUUGAUGGAUUCUAACAAAAGGGUUAUUACUUUUGAAAGUCUUAAGAAGAAUUCAGCUUUGUUUGGAUUACAAGAUUUAAGUGAUGAAGAUCUUCAAUCAAUGAUUGUUGAAGGUGAUUUUGAUGGUGAUGGUGCUCUUAAUCAAUUGGAGUUUUGUGUUUUGAUGUUUAGACUUAGUCCUGAACUUAUGGAUGGGUCUAAAUUAUGGUUGGAAGAAAUGCUUCAACAAGAAAUUAAAGAUUUUUUCUAAUUUUAUUUUUUUUUGGGUAAUUUUCCCUUAUAUUUAUGUAAAUUCAAGAGAUAAAUUUAAUGAUAUGAAAUGGAAGAAGUGAUUCAUAUGA